UCUCUUCGCAAUGCACACAGCAUGAAAACUCUCGACGAGGCUGACGAUUCGGAAGUCUCGUCCUCAACACGCAUCUUGUCAAGUCAAGUUCGAUGGUUUGGGGCUGUGAUGGCUCAGAUCUACAUACCUGAAAGCGGAAGACCGAAGCGAGCUCGGCGCCGGAAAGUCAACUGAGUUCACGUGCUUGUCCUUACGGUGUUGGCGCCGCGCUACUUACGAAUAACCACCACCAUGACCUCAGCUCCUUGCAACGCAUUCCUCGCUCUCCCCACUGAGCUACUCGUCCCCGUACUCAGCUACCUCAACGUCCAGGAGAUACUGGCUGUGCGGAAGACAUGCCGCGUCCUCUACGCCGUAUCGAAGCUCAAGUGCGUCUGGAUCGCGCGCGUCAAACACAUGUGUGCCGCAAACGACGUCUUCGCGCCGACCUUCGACCUGCCCUCUAUGUCCGUCGCCGCGCUCGAGCGCGCAGCCACGGCCCCGCAGCGCUUCUUCCGACUCAUCAAGGCAUCCGGCGGCGGCAGCAAGCUCUAUCCAGCGCACCGGUGUACACUGUCGCUAGCCCAAGAUGGCAACGCCGCGCCGGGCGCCGACUCGUUCAGGCAGAUCCGGCUAGUGCCUGGCGGGCGGUUCGUGCUUGCGAGGACGAAGGCGGAGUUCCAGAUCUGGGAUAUGGAGGCGCCUGCGUGUCGCUCGGGCGCACUGUAUUCGGCAUCACUUAAGGACCUUCUCGACGUGCCCGAAGCUGCUCUCGCGCAUAUUAAUAUGGAGGAUUGCUAUCGAGGGUCUGAGGAGAGCUCCCUGCGCGUCGUGUUUACGCAGUGUUGCGAUAGAGAAAGCUCUAGGUACUGGCGAUUCUUGCUGAUACAGGUAGACUUUGUCCGACGGGAGGGGGUUGAUGAUAGCAAACAAGCUUCUCUCGAAGUCGUUGUCGAGGUGGUAGCGCAGCUUAGCCCACUGAUACCUCUCGACAGCCGCCCCUACAUAGGCAGUACUGUUAACUCGUGGAUAACAAUCCGUACAGACAUAGACAUCAUCGUCUGGAACCCUACCGAGGAUACGGUAGCCUACUGGCGCGUCGAUCCCGCGCUGGAGCGUACUUUACGAGCGGUCCACCUCACAUGCGACCACGCGUUUUGUAUCUUUAGGGACAUCGUCACCGUGUCGUCUAUCCCUCCAUUCCUCGACGCGCAGUCGAAGGAAAGCUGGAUACCGUCCACGCGCUCAUUCGAAAUUGCCUUAAACCUUCGUUCCGAGAACUGCGCUUGGCUCACCCCUCGGUCGUGGCACACUUCAAACAAGGCGUCACCCACCGCUCACAGGGAACCUUCACCCACCCACGCCUUCGACCGCUUCGCUGGCUCGUCCGGAUUGUCGCGCUACGCGGUCGGCUCCUCGACAAACGUCGUGCAAACCCACAGCGACCGCGCCGCCCCCACCGUGCGCGACAGGUGGCAGGACAGCAACAUCUGCUUCGACUACACCUGCGCAUGGAUGCCGGUGCGAGGCUUCUCUGUCGUCGAAGGCGAGGGCGCGGUGUGUCCGUGCGUCCGAGCGCCGUGGGGCUACAAUGUCGGGCUUUUGGCAUACGACGGCUCGCCGGGUGGCUCGGUUGAGGUCAAGAUAGAUGGGAUCGAGAGCUUUGAUGGGUGGGAUGUGUGCCCUGCGAGCGCGAGGGUGGUGUGUAUUGAUAGGAGAGAGCCCCAUCUUGUGAUUGUGUACGAUUUUCUUGCAUAACUAUGUCUAGGCCAUACCUCUCGUGUACAAGCGGACCAGAAGGGUUUGGAAAGUCAUUCAGAUCAUAUAGAAUCACCAUAUGUGCGUGUGCGUGUGUCAUUGAGAUCGUAGACCCUCGUAGCAAGUUAACGCUCUCCUUCGUCAGGUAUAUUUUUUUUGUUUGUUCCCCAUUGAUA